UACUCGAGAAACCGUCGCUUGGCUCUAGUACCGGCUUUUCAUAAGGAAUAAACAAACUAAAAGCGAAUUUACGAGUCUUUAUGUAGAAGAGUAGUUGUCUAUCUCUAUUAUUAUUAUUUUAUGCAAAAGGCAUACAGUGAAACGUCCCACGCACAAUGCGCUGAGUUAUUGGACUACAAAUUGAAGGUGACGUCAUCUCCGGUCGCCCGGCUGUUGAAGAACCAUUCAAAACUGUUGGCGCUAAUAGCUGCCCACCGUGCACUUACUCUAGUGACGCUAACUGAAUUCAUGAGAAUGGCUCCUAUCAAACUUGUCAUUAAGUGUGGGAACUAUGCUGUGCUGGUGGAUCUCCACGUUCUAUCCCUGGGCGGCCAAGAGGACACUAGCUGGUUCACUACGAGCCACAUCGAGGAGGUUACAACCCUGGUUCAAGAUUCUGUGGACCAGAGGGUUAAGCAGUAUACCGAGUUCCUCCACAAUAGAAGACAGCCCAAACAGAAGAAGGAGCUGGCAUCAGCUUCAGCCUUUUCUGUGAAAGGUGAAAAAUUCAACCUGGUGGGCAAUUUUCUGAAGCGACACUCCAGUCUCAGAUGUAUUGUCAAGCAGGAUUUGCGUGUGUUUCCCGAACGAUAUGUUGUGUGUGUGAGCCGUCCAGAAGAUGCCUCAGCGCACCAUAGAAACCCGAGCCUGCCCGCGACUGAGCUGUGCGAACAAAGCAGAUCUGAAUAUUUUUCCAGUGUGGGAGAAACCCAAGAGCCUUUAAACAGCCCCACGAAAACAAAGAAGACUGUGCUUCAAAAGAUAGCCAAACAAGCCAGUGUCCAGCGAGACCUUUGUGGUUCCACUAUGGCAGAGCAGCAGAUUGACCGGAGAGUCUGUGCUGAAAACCAGAAACCGGAACUUCAAGUUGUCAAGUCAGAAUCGGGCUUAGUGAGUCUGUCCAGAUCUGAACAGAAGGUCCUGUCAGAGGCAAACCACAAGGUGCCCUGCUCCAGUGCAUUAACUGUAGCAGGAGCUCUAAUUCGGACUACUCAAAAGCAGGAGCAGCAUGCUGAGAACAAUCUUCCAGACUGUAUCAACCUAAAUGGGACCUCAGCAGGUUUCUGCCAAAAUGAAAUCAGUCAGGAGACCAGCACGAGCAAGAGGUGCAAGCUGAGUGAUGCUGGGGAAGACCCUCACCCACACGGGGCCAAGAGGAUGUGCCUUGGAAGACCUCCAGCCCUAAUGCAAACUUACUCUGCACAAACAUCCAAGCACGACCUCCUUCCUCUGCCACCCCUUCCUCCACUUGAAGCCAAGGCAGAGUCCCAUGCUUCCCCUGUCUCAGAGUGCAAGAAAACCACACUGGAAGUAGAGCUGCUUACUCCAGGGAAACGAGCCCAAAGGCUCUCCCUCACAAGCAAUAACACGGCACAGACAAACCAAAACAGGCUGGCCGCAAGUCUGAGGAGCCUAUCUGUCAAGCCUGCAUCCUCAGGCUCCUCUAUUGGUUCCAGAUCCACACUCGGAGAGGAGUGGAGUGAAAAUGUGCCCAGAACCUCUAGAUUACGACGACUGAAGAGGUCCUGAGGGGGAGAGAGAGACAGGCUACAGUAAAGAUGCCUGACGCCACAGAAAUAGAGAUGAGACUCUGUCAGACUACAUGCUUCCCCCACACUGUCCAUGUGGUCUGCUCAGAUGACUUGCAUUUGUGCUUGUGUCACUUUUUACUGCGAUAUCUGUUCUUUUCACAUAUGCUGCACACGCACAGAUCAAAUGCUGAACACAUUAUGGCAACUGAUACAUGUGCAUUUGAGUUAUGCUUUGUCAAAUACUUGAAACGGAUCUCUGCCUCCACCCAUAAGUAGUGGUGGUCAAGAGCGGCUCGCAAAUGAAAGUCAAAAACCUUUAAUUGGAGUUAAGAUUUGGUUUUGUGUUAAAGAUUGGGGAUUUCAGACAGGCAGGAGCCAUGCAGUACGUCAUGGCUUUCAGACUCAAAUACUGGCUCCUACGUGUCUCAAAACUGUCCAGUUUACCCGCCGAAGCUCGAGCAUGAUUGAUUGCUGUUUCCAGGUUUAUUUCAUCACCCCAUUCUCAAAAAAAGUGUUUUUGUAGCUAGAUAUUUUUCAUAUACCAGUUAGUUGCUAAGCACCUGAAAACAAAUCUAUAAGUGAAAACAUACUGUGCUGCUUUUUUUUUUUUUUUAAACUUAACCUAAACCAAAUAUAUACAGGAAUGUGAUCAGUUUUUAAAACAGAGGUUGAACAACAGCUGCUGUCACCAGCCCGCCGCUUGGUGUAGGUCCUUAAAUCUGCCCACUGGCCCGAGCCCAGACGGAGAGCCUACUGUCAGCUCCGUUAACAACCCAGUAUUUCUAUUUCACAACAAAAUGUUGACUGAAAAUUUUACUCCUGUUUUAUUUUACUGGAAAGACAUUUCGAUAUAAAUAAAGUUUUCCCUCAGUCAAAACAAAACAAAAAAAGCCCCAUUUGAAUCAUUGUGUAAAAUUCACUGAGAAUUUCGGGAAAGCAGCCGGCACAGAUCUCAUUGCAUUGUUUUCCUCUCACAGAGUCCAAACCAAAUGCUGCUUGUGGCAGUUUGACAGUGGGGUCUGUCCAAAAAAUGAAAAAAUGUAUUAGUGGUUACAACCCGAGUGUCACGACUAGGAGCCAGUUCAGCUAUCAAAUAGGACGAGUUUCACUAAUCUGCCCUAAGGUUUUAGUCCCAACAUGUUGAGGAUCUUUCUCAAGGGAUGUUGUAAUCUCUCGUCUUUGUUUUAAUUCUGGCAAGAAGAGUUUGCCCAAAAAAAAAUAAAGAAAGAACAUAAUAAAUCACUUUUAC